GAGGAGGAGGCGGAGGGGGCAGCAGUCGUCUGGCUGCGCUGCGGAGGGACAUGUUGAGCCUGGAUGAGGAGAUGGCGGAGAUGGAGGCGUCGCUGGCGGUGGCGGCAAGGAGGGCGAGGUAGGCAAGGAAAAGAGGAGGAAGAAGGAGACGUGAGGCACCCGAAUGCCGAGGCCGGGUAGGAGGAACGCGGAAGGAUGCCAGCAUGUGACAGGCGGAGAGGGGAGGCAUGAGAGGCGGGACAGGAGGCAUGCUUUUGAGGUGUGCUUUGAGGGGGAUGAGGGGUGCACAUGAAGGGGUGGGAAGCCGUGCAACGUGUGGCCGUACCCGGUACUGUAGGGGUGUGGGUAAUGGUGGGAAUCACUUGCGGUAGGCAGGGGCGAUAAUAGGGGUCCGACAGAACCCCCAUGGCACAAUGGGGCUGCCACCGAUGUGGGUGCCGAGGAGGGAGAGGGGGAGUCAGGUGGACGUGAUCGGGCGGUGGGAUCUAGCAGGUGGGACCAAGGGCCCCCGCGAGUUGAACGCGUGCGGCGUGCAGCAGACACGCAAAUGAACAUCUUGAAACGUCCUCUAUAACGAAUUGGAUGAACUUGGUGUAGCGCACGCGUAACGGAUGUGGGAAUGCCUUUGCAAGCGGAGGAGUUAUGCGCGCCCAAAUGUUCGAUGUCGUACGGUGGUUGACAGCGCAAGCAUACUCGCCAUCCGACAUGCCAGCCGUGUACUUGAUUGGGCUAAGCUCGUGCUGUAAGCAGGCUUAGACGAGAGGCGUUCAGUAGGGGGUGGAUGCCCUGUAGUUUCAACUAGCUGCCACUGACUUCCGCGUUUCCGCCCGGACUUCGAGACUUUUAUUUUUAUUUGCCAAGCAUUUCGAGAGACGAAGUAGUACAAAACGUAAGAAGCGGCGAUACAAGUUGGCACACUGUAACGCUUGCAUAGUAGCGACAGCAUCUCGUCGGCAGAUAUGUGGAAGUUCGUGAGUGCUGGCAACAGUGGCGGCCACCCGCUCCUGCGUUCGCUAAACGAGUUCAAAGGGAGGCAGACAUGGGAGUUCAAUCCGACAGCCGGCACCCCCGAGCAGCGUGCCGAGGUGGAACGCUUGCGCAGGGAGUUUACCGAAAAGAAGGACGUGCAUCACCAUUCAGCGGAUGAACUUCUAAGACUGCAAUGUGCGGACCGCAUCCGCGCCAAAAAGCAUGCCCCGCCAUCCGGCGAAAUACCUGAGAAUCUCACGCCCGAGCGCGUCGAGGAUCACCUCAAGGGAGCUAUCAGCUUCUACGAGUGCCUUCAGCAGGAUGACGGUCACUGGCCUGGCGAUUACGGUGGCCCGAUGUUCCUCUUGCCGGGCCUUGUUAUCGCGCUUUACACCACCGGUGUGCUGGAUGAGGUCUUCACUCCCGCACACAAGCAGGAGGCUCUGCGCUACCUCACCAACCACCAGAACCCGGACGGCGGCUUCGGACUGCACAUCGAGGGCGGCUCCACCAUGUUUGGAACCGGACUCAACUACGUAAUGGCUCGCUUGCUGGGUAUGGGUCCGGAUGAGGACCUCACGCGGAGGGCCAGGGAGUGGAUCCACUCCCGCGGCGGCGCCACCUACAUCACCAGCUGGGGCAAGUUCUGGCUUGCCGUACUGGGUGUGUACGACUGGUACGGCAUGAACCCGCUGACCCCCGAGAUGUGGCUGCUGCCGUACAGCUGGUGGAGCGGCAUCGGCAUGAUGCACCCGGGCAGGUUCUGGUGCCACUGCCGCAUGGUGUACCUGCCCAUGAGCUACGUGUACGGCAAGCGAGGCACGUGCAAGGAGACCCCCCUCACUGCCGCUAUCAGGCAGGAGCUCUACCCGCAGCCCUACUCGCGUAUCGACUGGAACGCGGCUCGCAACCAGUGUGCCAAGGAGGACCUGUACUACCCGCACCCGCUGGUGCAGGACGUGUUGUGGUGGACUCUGUACCAGGCGGAGGGGGUGCUGGCGGGCAGUGGGCUGCGGGAGCGGGCGCUGCGGGAGUGCAUGAAGCACAUACACUACGAGGAUGAGAACACCCGCUAUGUGGAUAUCGGCCCCGUGAACAAGGUGAUCAACAUGCUGGCGUGCUGGCUGGAGGAGCCGGGCGGGGAGGCGUUCAAGAAGCACCUCCCCCGCGUGCACGACUACCUGUGGCUCGCCGAGGACGGUCUCAAGAUGCAGGGUUACAACGGCAGUCAGCUGUGGGACACGGCGUUCGCGGCGCAGGCAAUCGCCGAGACGGGGCUGCUGGACGUGUCGGCUGCCUGCCUGGCUCGGGCGCAUGCGUACGUGGAGCAGUCGCAGGUGAUCGAGGAGGCCGCUCCCCCCCUGUCGGCCUACUACCGCCACAUAUCGCUGGGCGCCUGGCCCUUCUCCUCGCGCGAUCACGGCUGGCCCAUCAGCGACUGCUCCUCCGAGGGGCUCAAGGCGGCGCUGAGGCUGGCGAGCCUGCCGGAGGACAAGGUGGGUGCGCCAAUCCCCGCCGAGCGCCUGUACGACUGCGUCAACGUCAUCCUGUCGUACCAGAACAGCGACGGGGGCAUGGCCACCUACGAAAACACCCGCUCCUUCCAUGCACUGGAGAUCCUGAACCCCGCCGAGACGUUUGGCGACAUUAUCGUGGACUACUCGUACGUGGAGUGCACCUCGGCCUGCAUCACCGCACUGGCGGAGUUUAGGAAGCGCUACCCCUCCCACCGCCCCGCCGACAUCUCCUCGGCGCUCCGGCGCGCGGAGGCCUUCAUUCGCCGCAUCCAGAGACCCGACGGAUCAUGGUACGGCUCCUGGGGUGUGUGUUUCACGUACGGCUGCUGGUUCGGCCUCACCGGCCUGGCCGCGCUGGGCCACUGCUGCCAGAACGACCCGGCGGUGCGCCGCUGCUGCGAGUUCCUGGUGGCUCGGCAGCAGCGGGAGGGGGACGGCGGCUGGGGGGAGAGCUACCUGUCAUGCGAGAAGAAGGUCUACAGCCAGCUGGAGGGCGGCAGUCACGUGGUCAACACCGCGUGGGCCAUGUUGGGGCUCAUGGCGGCGGGAUACCACAAGGUUGACCCCGCCCCCCUGCACGCCGGCGCUCGCUUCCUGCUGCGCGCGCAGCUGCCCUCGGGCGACUGGCCGCAGCAGCACAUCUCCGGUGUCUUCAACCGCAACUGCAUGAUCACAUACGCAAACUACAGGAACAUCUUCCCCAUCUGGGCGCUGGGGCACUACCGGCGGCUGGCGCUGCUGGGAGAGCAGGACAUCGCACACUGAGGGGAAAAUAAAUGAAACGUGCAGCAACUGAAGUCGACACUGAGGGGGGGCCAACAAGAAAACCGCACGGUCCCCUUUACCCCCUUCACUGUAGGAGGAAGGGGGGAGAGAAAGAGAGCAGCUAACCUUAUGACAAAGCAAACACUGAGGGGGGG